UAAAAAAUCCAAAUUAAGAGUGACACAUCCUAAUACUCUUCAAAUAAUUGGAAAGUUAUAAAAUUCCACAACUACAAUUUACAAAACAAAAAAAGACAGCAUGCAUCCUCGUAUUAGAGUGAGAACUAAGAAGAAAAGUGUUUCUUAAAUUCAACAUUCUCAUUCAAGGUGUUUUACCAAUCCUUAAUCCUUCUAAAUUCUUCCACCAUGGAUCCUUGUCCUUUUAUCCUCCUUAUAGUAGAAUCCCUCUCCCUCAAACUCCUUCCCUCUCCAACAAAACCUCCUCCACUUUCCGGCAUCCACCCUUCCACCACUCCCUGCUUCUGCAAAAUCCGCAUCCCAUCUUUCCCCUCACACACCGCCCUCCUUCCACUCUUCUCCACUUCUAAUCCUCCCUCAUCCACCACCUCAGCCCCCGCAUUCCACCUUGACUCCGCCAAACCUCUCACGCUCUCCAUCUCCGUUUACACCGGUCCAAUGAGCCGCAGCUGUGGCAUCCGCAGUGCAAAACUACUCGGCAGUGUCGUCCUCCCCGUCGAAUUACCAGCCGCACUCUCUUCUCCUAACACCUUCUAUAAUGGCUGGCUCAAACUGAACCAUGAAACCAACGAUAAACCGUCGCAUUUGCUUCAUGUUCUGGUCCGGUCUGAACCGGAUCCUCGGUUCGUAUUUCACUUUAGUGGUGAACUGGAGUAUAGUCCUGUUAUUUUCCAGAUUCAGGAGAAUAUUAAACAACCGGUUUUUAGCUGUAAAUUCAGCGCUGAUCGUAAUUAUAAAUCUCAGUCUCUUUCAUCAGAUUUUAAGAACAAUAAUUCAAGUAAUUGGAGAAGAUCAUUGAGAGGUGAUAGAGAACAAAGUGGACAAUUGACUGAGAGGAAGGGUUGGAUGAUAGUAAUUCACAAUCUAUCGUGCUCGCUGGUUGCUGCAGCCUCGAUGAUCACACCGUUUGUUCCAUCCCCCGGCUCAAACGCGGGCGCGUGGGUUAUUCCUCGUCCAAUAGGAGGCUCCACCGUGACAAGCUGUAGCUGGAAACCAUGGGGCCGUCUCGAGGCAUGGCGAGAGAGAGGUUCUAUAGAUGGCUUGGGCUACAAGGUAGAGCUUUUCUCUGAUAAUGGACCUGUUAAUGCAGUUCCAAUUGCUGAAGGCAAAAUGAGUGUGAAAAAAGGUGGUAAAUUCUGCAUUGAUUCGGGGAUAUUAGGAUCGAAGUGGUUACCCGGUGAAGGGUUUGUGAUGGGUUCAACUGUGAGUGGUGAAGGGUUUGUGAUGGGUUCAACUGUGAGUGGUGAAGGGAAAGUGAUUAAACCCGUUGUACAAGUCGGCACGCGGCACGUGACUUGCAUGCCUGAUGCUGCUGUCUUUCUUGCUCUUGCUGCUGCUAUUGAUCUUAGCAUGGAUGCUUGCCAGCUUUUUUCACAUAAACUUUGAAAAGAACUUUGUGCUGAUCAACAAUUUUGUUCUUUUUCUUAGCUUCCAUUGAAUGAAUUUGAUUGAUUUUCAAUUCUUGCAGGCAAUCCAACUCCUGAUUUUGUUCAAGUACAUAUUGUGAACAUUUUUUUUGUUCAGUUUGUGAUUGGAGUGCUAGAAGUUAAAUGGCUUGUUGAAGUUUUUAGUCACCGUUACAAAAACAUUAUAUCAUGAUUGAAUGUAAGUUUGAAUUUUGAAGAUUUCAACUGUACAGAAAGAUUAAAUGUAAAUGUGUGUUUGUUUCUAUAAUCUAUAAAUGUAAUCUUGUUGAUGAUUGAAUUUAUUUUCUUUCUAGUUCAAGAUAAGGACAAUGGCUUUAAUUUUGAAUACUUUUUGAAAUGGAAGGUAUAGUUGGGAAAUUGAAGGAAUAGUUGGCUAGAAGUUAGUUAGAAAUAAACAUGAGUAAUAGCUAAUAAAAGUCAGGGCCGGCCCAAGGGCCAAGCUGCUAAAGCUAGGGUUUUAGGCCUCACAAGUUUGGGCUUAAAAAAGGCCUCAAAUUUUUUAUUUAGAUAUAAUAACAUUUGAAUUACAUAUAUUAUUGUAGUUGAAUUGUUAAUAUAUAGGCCUCUUUUCCUAUUGGUAUUUAGUUCAACUCUUAACAACCACAAAAUUAAUAUUUUGAAAUACAUUUUAAAGACCUCACUUUAAAAUUUGUUUUAGGCCUCUAAACGGGUUGGGCCGCCCCUGAUAAAAGCUAAUGUGUGAAAAUGUUAGUUUGAAAAAGUUCUUUAAAGUUCUAUAUUGCAAUUUUGUGAAAAGAAGAGAGUGCAUCA